AAGAAAGAAGGGCGAGUUGUACGAAGAAAAGAUAGACAGCUGUCGUUUCGUUUUCAGCUGAUUUUUGUGUACGAUAGUGCAAGCUGUUUAUAGAUCAACGAUCGAAUCGUUUCGUAACGGUACGGUGCUCUCGAAUCAUUGCAUCAAUAGGGAUAGAAAACUAGGAUAUAACUAGGUGCAUUAAAGAAGCGAUUGGUACAUCACAACGAACAAAGGGAGAUGGUUCAUUGAGCGCGGGUGGUGCGUAGCAGGCUGCCGUGACGUCACGCGGCCGCGACGACGAGGCCGAUGCGGCGGGCGCGCUCGUGAUCUCGGCGCUCCGGGCUGAGCGGACGCGAGAGACACGGGCGGCGCGAGCAGCGCGGAAGGCACGGGGAGGCAGCCUGGCCUCCAGUGACUCGGGCGACGAGGGCGCCGGGCAUCGGCCGCCGCGCAAGCGGACCCGCAGGCUGUCGCCGCCGGCCCGGCCCGCAGCCAUGCACCAGCCCUGCUCCAACGGGGCGCCGCCCCUGCACCUCAAUGGAGAUGCCCCCGCGCGCAACGGGGACAUGCAGCCGCUCGGCCUCCGCAUGAGCCAGACUGACCAGGAGAUUGUACGCCUCAUUGGACAACAUCUGGUCUCCAUUGGACUUGAUCGAAGCGCGGCGCUCCUGAUGGAGGAGUCUGGUCUGCACCUGGAGCACCCGGCGGCGGCCACGUUCCGGCAGCACGUUCUGGCCGGCGACUGGAGCAAGGCCGACCACGACCUGCGCGCGCUGCACGACCUGCUGCGCGACUCGCCGCACGUCAACGCGCAGAGCAGAGCCGAGAUGAAGUUCGUCGUGCUAGAGCAGAAGUACCUCGAGCAUUUAGAGGCCGGGCGCGUGUUGGACGCGUUGCACGUGUUGCGCAACGAGUUGACGCCACUGCAGUACGACACGCCGCGCGUGCACCGCCUCUCCGCGCUCAUGAUGUGCGCGGACGCGGAGGAGCUGCAUGCGCGUGCGCAGUGGCCGGGCGGCGGCGUCUGCUCCAGGGCUAACGUGCUGGCUCGUGUUCAGGCGGUGCUGCCGCCCGCGCUGAUGAUGUCGCCGGGGCGGCUGCGCGCGCUGCUGUCGCAGGCGGCGCAGCAGCAGACGUCGCGCUGCCGCUUCCACGCGGCGCCCCGCGACCCCCCCGCCGCCGACCCCCACCACAUCCCCUUCUCGCUGCUGUCCGACCAUCAGUGCGCCGCCGACCAGUUCCCGAUACACGAGCUGCAGGUACUCAACGAGCAUUGCGAUGAAGUGUGGUACUGCAAAUGGUCACCAGAUGGCUCCAAACUGGCAUCAGGAUCCAAGGACAACACUGUUAUGAUAUGGGACUUCGACCCUGUAGCUAAGCGGCUCUCGUUCAGGAAAUCCCUGGAGGGUCACUCGUACGGCGUGUCGUUCCUGUCGUGGAGCCCCGACGGCCGCUACCUCAUCGCCGCGGGGCCCGAGGACUGCCCCGACCUCUGGAUAUGGAACAUGGAGACCGAACAGCUCCACCAGAAGAUGACGCACUCCCAAGAGGACUCGCUGACGGCGGUGGCGUGGCACGCGUCCGCGGACAAGUUCGUGUGCGGCGGCGCGCGGGGACAGUUCUACCACUGCGGCCUCGACGGCGUGGUGAUCAACAGCUGGGACGGCGUGCGCGUGAACGCGCUGUCGUGUCGCAGCGACGGCCGCGGCGUGCUGGCCGCCGACACGCACCACCGCGUGCGCUCAUACGACUUCUCCGACCUCACCGACCGCAACGUGAUACAAGAGGAGCACGCGGUAAUGGCAAUGACGCUAAACGCGGCCGACACGUUGUUGCUGCUCAAUGUGGCCAACCAGGGCGUGCAUCUCUGGGACAUCCGCGCACGCGCACUAGUGCGUCGUUUCCGCGGCCUAAGUCAGGGCCACUUCACCAUCCACGCUACAUUCGGCGGCGCGCAUCAAGACUUUGUGGCCUCCGGUAGUGAGGACAACAAGGUGUACAUCUGGCACAUCAACGGCGAGGAGCCGAUCGCGGUAGUGUCGGGCCACACGCGCUGCGUGAACGCCGUGGCCUGGAACCCCGUGCACCACGACGUGCUGGUGUCCGCCUCCGACGACUACUCGCUGCGGCUGUGGGGCCCGCGCGCCCACCAGUGCUAGUACCCGCCCGCGGCUCUCACCGCCACCAUGGUGAGCGGCAUGCGACACGGACUCUUCCACUGCGGACGCAAGGAGGUUCUAGUGUGAACAUCCACUUGUAACGGCUUUAUUGGGUUCCAAACGUGAGAACGUUGCUGUAUUCUCAUUGGUAUGUUGUCAAUUUCAAAUGGCAGUGUUCCAUCUGACAGUCGUAUAGACCUCAAGUUCUGCUAACUAACUGGUGGAACGAAAUUUGAAAUAUAAAAAUUUGUAAGCACGAGUUGACGCCGCGUAGUUUGUUGCCUUAGUACAGUGUGUAGGAGCUUUUAUUUCUAAAUAGCCAUUUCAGUGCGUGUAUGUAAUACGUUAAUUAUUUUUUUUUACUAAACUACAAACAAUAUCAAUAUCUAUAUAAAAAUGGAGUCUAAUUAUAAGUUUCAUGAUCAUAAUUUUAGUAUCCUAGUACCCGUCGAUCGCUCAGAAUCGAGACACAUUUGCACCGAUUGGUAAAGUAGACGUUAAAAAAAGACCUACAACUGUAGCGGCCGCAAUCCUCAGCAGUCCCAUACAACGGGCAAAAAAGGAAUAAAAGCUCUUAUUUAGGAACUAAUGUCCAUAAUCGUAAAACUCAUCAAUUGUAUUUACAUAGCAAUAUUUAAAGAAUAUAUAAUAAUGUAAAUUAAACAUAACAAAAAUAACUUGUGAUAAGUUAUUUUUGAUGACUAUUUCGAUGGUUAGAAACGCAUUCAUUUGUUUUUGUUCCUAACAGGUAUUUUUUAAAAUCCUGAUUUUUAUUAAGGAUAAAUUAUACCUAUAUCAGUUUACACUGAUCGUAUAAAAGGUGGCAUAACUAUGUGGUAAAUAUUUGCGGAACUAGUGAAACAUGACAAUUUGUAUAGAUAUUUUACCUCACAAAGUUGGAGCGGUUGUUUUUGUGUGUAAUCAAAUACACAUAAUACACGGUUAAAAGUAAAUAUUUGUUAGAUAAAAUAACUAUAGUUUUUAACAUGUAACGGAGGCUAUACUCUACAAAAAUAAGGCUCCGUUACGGCUAUGACUGAAAGGGUUUUAAGUAAUAAGAAAUGGAAACAUAAGCUUGUAGAAGAACAGAAAGUCAGCCAUGAUACCCGCUGUGUUUAGACAUUAUUAACUGUACUAAUAUUCAUAGAAAUAUGCACUUGAAUUUGGUGAAAAUAAUGCCGGUAAAAUACAAGCGGUACACCUAAUAUUUUCAUAUGGCAUUCUAGGCGUAAAUUGCCUUUGAAUGGUCGAUAAAUUCGAAUAAAACUUGUUGGAAUUCAAAUUUGCCGAUACGUAGUGAGAUAUCAGUCUAUGCUUUAUAUAUUUGACUGUUAAUUUAAUUGGGAUACCUAACGUACAUAAUAUUCACUUCACAAGGUACGAUAUGGUUAUAAACUUGUUUAGAGUAGCCUUCUAUCCAACACCUCUAAACGUGGUUGAUGUACUUCUCAUGAUGUUUAUUGUAUGAACUGAAUUAGAUCUUACGCGAGACUUAUAUACUAAAUAAGUUUAUAUUAGAGUGUGAACGUUUAAAUGAAUACUACAUAAAAGCGUAGGUUAUAUAAAUACGCCAAAUAUUGUAUAAAUGAACUGAGAAAAUGUAUAAAAUUCUUCAACUACCUCUCUUUGACGGAAUGCAGUAAACAUAUUAUUUUUAUGUUAUUAAUACAUAUAUAUAGGUAAAAGAAUAUGAAAAAAAAUAUCAAUUUUAAUAUAUCUUGGACGCAUAGUGCUAUUUAAAUUUUUAGUUCACACUCAAAAAUAUAACGUUACCAAUUUUUUACGAAAUAAAACUAAUAGACCCAACUGAUCUUGAUGAAGGUUUAGCCCUGACGUGAUUUUCAGGCAGCCAGUGUGCAUAUACGAGUAUCGCUAGUUCUGGCCAGUAUAGGAUAAACUUGCACGUGACCUCGUACUUACUGCUGCCGGCCGACUGCAUUAUAUGGGCUAUAUUAAUUGUCACUUAUUUAUAGCGAAAUGGUACGUUUCGACGAAUACUUUAUUAUCGCGAUAUUUAGUGUGAUUUGGGCCAAACCUGAGAGCAGAAAUUUCUUGCGUAAAAUUGAAUAGAGGUGUUCUAAUUGAACACUCGACUAGAUAGGAUUUCGUAAGCCUACGGGACGCAUUUCACUCAUAAAAUUUAUUUGUUCAAUUAAAUAUUACUAUCUCUAUCAGCUUACGUAAAUAUAAAGCAGUAUUAUUGGACAAAGAUAUUUGAUGAAUGGAAUACGUCCCUACUGCGAGCUCUUAAAGCGAGUUUUCAAUUAAAAUAUUCGUUAUAUCACUAGUGUGAUAAAGCACUGCUAAGUUUAUUGUCAUCGCGGUAAUUAAUUUACUCAUUUUUUAGACUUGAAACUCAAAUUAUGUUUUAGUUUAGAAUAUAAUGGCUAUAAGAGCUCAUGGUACGAAUGUAGGGGUGUGACGGGCGUCGCGGGGUAGGCAUAGGUCUGAUUGUAGAUGUAGAGACUAAGGAUAAUGAAUUCUUGUAACAUGCUUUUCCUUUCACUAUGAUAUUUCGCCUCUUUCAGUGGUCGUUGAAACUGCAUCAAGACUGUACUUUUAUUUCACAGAAUUUAUUAGCCUAUGCAUGUGUGCAAUAGUCAUAAUAUUAUUAGAUGAUACAAAAAUUGAACUCUAUUCAGAGAGAAAAUUUAUCAAAAAUGUGUGUUGGUGGUAAGAGUUAGUAUAGUACUCUAGUUUGUAAUUUCUUUAUAAAUUUAUUUAUAUCUUUUUACCUAUGGUGAUACAAUUCGAGCUUCGUCAUUAGUAUUUUAUCGUUUUAUAGGUUUGAAACUAUAUUUACAGAUUUCUUUAAAUAGUAGAAAAACGACUUUAUGAGGAACUGGGUUUUUGUCAUUACAAUACCAAAUUGUAUUUCCCUACUACCAAACAUUAUUAUAACUAAACCGCGGAAAGAUUAUAACCAUUUGCAACAUUGUAAUAGGUAUUUGAGAAGUUCGAAUUGGAUCAUUGUCUUUUAUGGCAUUGGGGAGUUAUGUCAGAGGCGGCGCCCGCGCGUAAUGUAGCAUUAGAAUAGCUCCAUAACUUCUUAAGACUUAAUAUAGCGAGUUGAAGAUAUUUGCAAAGCUCGCAGCUCUAUUUUUGUACCGACACUGAAUCUCGCACGGGGUUAUAUCACAUGUUGUAAGUACUGCAGUAUUCAGGUCAGAUUAGUAUGUUUGGUGUGACUUUAACAUUUCCACUCUCACUAUUUACGAAAUAAAUAUAUUGAACUGUUGAUGUUUGGAUACCCUGUCGCUUGGGCUCGUUGAAUUAGGUGUUUCGCCAUAUUGAUAAAGUUAGUUAGCUCUUUUGUUACUGUUAGACAUUUAUUUUGAAACAGCUCAGAUGUGCAUGGCCGUACGUUUCGCCGUAAUGGCUGAUGCAGUCCUUAAUUUUCUAAUUAAAUGAUACAGUAACAUUGCAUUUUUGCAUAAAAUAUACUUACCUGUUUAAAUAAGAAAUAAUUUCGAAGUAUACUAAUGUGACGAUAUCACUAAAUCGCGAGCGCUCGACAGGUCCACGCGACGUAUGAACAAAUAUUACGCUGCCUUGCUCACCGCCGUGAAAAUCCAAGAUGGCGUAACAUUUUUUCAUUCGUUCGUACACGCUGUCAGAGUUUACAUACCCGACCGGUAUAAUUCGCUUAUAUAUAAUUAAUAUUUUUACACAUUUUUUCUUAGUUCUGUGUUUUCGAAGUUUAUUUCAGUCUUAAAGUUAUCUACGUAUUCUCAUUUGGAAACUAAAAUCGGUCAGGUACAUAAGUACUCAAUCUUAACUAUGUCAAACGGCGGUACAUUCUUUUAUGACAAAAUCACUCGGAUGGCGCCAGGGCGUGGUCUUGAUUCGCCAUAGCAUUGAUUAUGUGCAGAUGAUAUUUUUAAAUCAUUUUAAUUUUUUGAUCGCUUAUAUUUUUGAAGUACUUACUGGAUAAUUUUGUAGACUUACCGCGACUCGCCCGACGGCCUCUGUACCAAUGUCUAGCAAUAAUGUCGUGUGUUUGUUCGUGUGUGCAUGUAGCAAGUACAAAUGAGCAUUCGGUAAUACUAAAGUAAUGUACCAAUAACUAUAGCGUAACGGUGGAGAGGGGAUAAUAAGCCCCGGUUUCAAAUUGUUAAUAAUAAAUAAUAUUAUAUCAAUAAAUUUUUUAUUGUAACU